UUUUUUAUGAAAAUGAAAAUGGAACGUCUUGUAAGAAGUUAUAUGAUAACAACGAAUGAUUCUUCUCAAGAAAUCGAUUCAAUCGUUUCUUCGAUUGUAACUGAAGUGCAUAAUGGUCAAAGUUUAUUAUCACUUGUCAAAUCACUCGGCGAAUUUUUAACCAGUGAGGAUUCUGUUAUUCGUGCCAAAGGCACAAGACUCUUAUCCUCAGUGCUUUCAGAAUGCCCUCAAGAACAAAUCAAUAAUUCCGCUGGUAUUGUACAAUUGCCUUUUAGGAUUCAUGAUAAUAUUGGCUUAAAUGUUCAAAGUCUCCAGCAGAUCGUCCGUCAUGAAGUUCUUCAAACAUUAGAUAUAUUAUUACGUGAUCAUAUUCAUGCAUUGAAGCAGUUAGAGUCAGAAUUCGUUGCAGGAUAUAUUCAAUCUAUGGAUGGUGAAAAAGAUCCGCGAAAUUUGUUAUUGGCUUUUUCUUCUAUCAAGUUAAUUAUUCAAGAAUUUGAUAUUUCUUCUCAAGCUGAGUCCCUUUUUGAAGUGACUUUUUGUUACUUUCCCAUUACGUUUAAACCACCUCCAGAUGAUCCCUAUGGAAUUACAUCUGACGAUUUAAAAGUCGCACUAAGAGAAUGUUUAUCUGCAACACCACUUUUUGCUAAAUUUGCGAUGCCGUUAUUAGUUGAAAAGUUAGCAUCUGAUUCUAAUUCUAUGGAGGCAUUAAAAGCAUGUGCCCCGGUGUAUGGAUUAAGUACCAUUGUUCCUCAUCUUGAAGUUUUGUGGGACUAUUUAAAAGAUGAAAUCAUUAACGCUACAAAUGAUUCAUUUGAACUUAUUGCUCUUGAAGCUAUUCAAAGCAUUACUGAGACUUUAUCAGUAGAUGGAAUAGAAAAUCUAGACCAUCUGCAACAAUUUCUAAAAAAUGUUGUCACUGGGUGUUUAGUAAACCUUAAAACCCCCGAAUUAAAAUUAGCAAAGCCUUGCGGAAAGAUAUUAAAAUACUGUGCAAUAGCAUCUGAUCCGGCUUGUAAUAUCAUUAUCUCUGCGACAUUAAAUAACUUCAUAAUCCAAUAUAGAACUAGUGAUUUGGCUACUCAAAAGAAGGGAAUACUCGAAAUAUUAGUAGAGCUUAUUGCUGCUGUUCGAUGUCUUUAUGGUUCAGUUGAAAAUAGUUCAACUAUCAAAGGUGUUAAAUAUCAAAAUUUUGUAAUGCCAUUGACGCCGUAUAAAGAUGAGAUGUUGGAAGUUUUCAGUUCAGCACUUUUAGGAAUCAAUGAAUAUAAUGAACUACGAUUAUGUGGUCUGCGAGGAUUACAUGAUAUGAUUUUAUUGGAUAAAUUUCUUUCUGACAGUGAAAUAGGAUUAAUUCUACAAUAUUUUAAUAAAAUCAUUAUUGACGAACAAGAUCAAGGCAUUACAUCGCCGGCUUUAGAAUAUUUGGGAAAUAUCGCACAUUACAAACCGAAAAUUGUGUUAGAUGUCACGUUUCCCAUAUUUGUGUCUAAACUUCCAAAUACUGGGGAUGCUAUAGACAAGGGGUCUUAUACAAACUAUAAUAAAAUAUUAAAUUCGGUUUCCAAAAUAUCGGUUGAGCCAAUAUUAUUUGAAGCUUUAGUACCUGAAAUCCUUGCAAAAUUAAACAAUGCCCUUUCACCUUUGUCUAGUACGAAUUGUGACUAUACUGAAGCAAUUCUACAAGCGUUUCAUACUCUACUUCUAAAGAAAUUGUCUUUAGGCCAUGCUGAUAUUUCGCAUUAUGUGAAUAUCAUUAUACCGCAUCUUCUUGCUAAAUGUAUAGAACCUACCUUAAGUUCUGAUUGUGAAUAUUCAGUAUUUUAUGACUUACGAAUUAUUCGAGUUGUCGCUGGAAUGAUUUCUACAAUAACAAAGAGUCUAAAUACGAGGAUUUGCUUAUCUACUACAAACGAAAUACAACAAGAUUCCUUGGCUCAGUUAGCUGCUUCAAUAUUAAAUAAGUGGGAUCGAGAACCCGAAUUAAUGCAAUUUACACGAGAACAAGUUCUUGGUGAAUUGUUAGAUCAACUGUCAUCCACAUCUGGGUUAGAAACUACUAGACGUAAAUCUUUAUAUCUCUUUUUUUGGGUGAGUUAUAGUGAUCCUACUUUGGGCAAACAAUCUGCUGAAGGUAUUGGUAUUAUCAUUGGUGAGAAUGAAAUCUUAAGUCGACAGGGAUUUGCGAUCGUAAAGAUUCUUUAUAAGCAAAGAUUCUUUAAUUAUUGCGUACCUAUAAUAAUAGAGCGCUUCAAAUCUUCGGACGAUGACACCAAACAUAAUUAUUUGAUUGCUUUAUCAUAUUUAUUACGAAACGUUCCAAAACAAGUUUUGAUGGGUGACCUUCCUUCAUUAUUUCCUUUGCUCAUAUACUCUUUAUCAUUGGCCGAUUCCAAUUUGAGAGCAUCGACCAUUGACAUAUUUUAUAUGAUUCCGUUUGAUGCACCACAUAUAAUAUCUGAGCAUAUUUCCUCGUUAGUACCCUUAUUAUUGUCACUAACGCAAAUGACAGAUAUUAAUACAAUGAAAGUCCGUAUUUCUGCUUUGCAAUGCUUGGGUACAUUUCCAGAUACAAUACCAUAUGAUGUUUUGUACCCUUUCAAAGCAAAGGUUAUUAAAGAGCUAGGGAAAUCCCUAGAUGAUAAAAAACGAUUAGUUAGAAAGGAAGCAGUUGAUUGUCGUAGUAAAUGGUAA